GUGACAGACAGACAGCUGACAGUUAAGGAAAAUUCGAGAAAUCUUGCCUAGCAGAAAGUAGAAAACAUCUUAGUUACCAGCUAAUAGGAGAAAUAAAAUCACAAGACACAAACGUUUCGGUGUUUUCAUUAUUGUCACACUGAAGAUUGAUUAGAGAAAGAAAUCUGGGGUAUUUCCCAGUAUUAAAGAAUAGUGAUUAUAAGGGUAAACCUGGAAAUUCACAGUACUUUUCUAAAUCUUAAUUAACAGGCAGGAAACUACGUAAUUUUGCAAUCAAGGAAAUAUGACGGAAAGUAACCCUUUUCUCGCGUUAUUUAGCAAUGAAGCUGCUAAUGCUGGACCUGCACAUCCUUCAAUUGGAUUAACACAAGAUAAAGAGCGGGGUGCUGACAAUGGAGAUAGUAGCUCCUUCGAUAAAUUGGCAGAAAAUGUUUUCAUGCUCACCCUUAAGCCCAAUCGGAAGAAGGAUUGUCCUUUAUACUACAUGCAAGAUUUGGCAGGUGCAUUAAAGCUAGAGUGUUUUGAUCAAACAGCAUUGGAUCAGGCUGUAUUGGAGUAUGCUGUGGGACUUCAAGAUUCUCUAGUCAAUUAUCUAUUUCAGUGUUUUGAGCGUUACCAUAGUAUUGGCAACAAGUCAAGGGUCAGUGGUGUACAUAAAACCAUUUUUGUCAACCUGGAUUUGGCAUUAUCUCAACCAGAGCUGUUUCCUAAACAAAAUUUGCAUGAAGAUUUCAUUCAACUUUUGGCCUUCCCGAUUGAAGAGACUACCUCCAAAUUCUUAGAAGAUUUCAUCAAACAUAUUCUAGAACAAGAAAAUUCCAGUUCUGUAGCAGAAGUUUUUGAACCAGUACUUCUCUGCUUAAAAACCAAGCUUGCCAGCAUGCACCUGCUAGUUGGAAAUCAGAAUGGGUUGGACGCCAUGUUGGUGAUGAGCAAAAAUCCAGCGCUCGCGAAGGCUAUUGUGUUGUCUUCGAUAUUGGACGAGAGUUCAGUUAAAGUAGGAAGGCAGUGCGAAGAUACUUUGCUGGGUUCGCUCUUUUUGUGCUCAUGCAUUCCGCGCGUUCCUGGAACCACUUCAGAUUUUUUCGAUCGGCCCUCGCGAUCACCGCCGUCUGUCCAUGUUACUACGGAAGGAAACAUCUGGGCAGCAUCGGAACGGAUCAUGGACAAGACGUACAAAAUAUUUUAUAAUUUAUUUAAAUCUUCACCGGAAGUUCAAGAUCUCACCCGAAAGUGGCUAGGUCAGGUAUUGGCACUGAAUAAGGCACGCGGGCAAAUGUGGGCCCAACAUGAUACGACAGCCCUGGUAGACUGUGCUUCAGACGGAUUUAUGACCAAUUUGGGGGCUGUACUCCUUCAGCUAUGCAGGCCAUUCUGUUCCCAGGAUGACCCAAAAGCAUACGACCGGUUGAGUAAAAUUGAUGCCUCGUUUUGUGCUGCUAAGGUGACAGAUGGCAAUGGCGUUCAUAUUGCUGAUCUGCAUAAGGAAACUUGCCUCAUCACGCAAGAGAAUCGACCCAUGGCUAGGACGCUACCGUAUUCAUUCUCAACUGAAUUGUUUUUCCUGACUCACCGAGCGCUCGAGUUGGGUGCCAAGGCUGUUCAUAGUCAGAUGCUACAAAUGAGCCAGAAUUUCAGUCGCUUACAAAGGGCGUAUCAAGACGCCGAACAAAGUGGUCAAACACCUGUAGUGCAGCAGAUCCAAGAAAGAAUGGAUGUUAUGAUGUCCAGUUACCUUUGUUUUAAGGCAGUUUUAUUAGUACCCGAAUGGUUAAAGUUGCAUUUCGAAUUCAUCUUGGCUACUUCGAAAUGGUUGUGUGCAUCGGCAUUGGGCACCCAUCCGUCAAAUGUCACCUCGUCGGAGCUCAGCUCCAACAAGGAACAAACGUCCGAAUUGCUGAGCUGCAUUCCGGAAUUUUGUUUAUCAAACGUCAUGGACUUUGUGGUGUUUGCUAACCGUUUCUCUCCUACGACGCUUGAUCGAAGCAAACUGGACGAUUUGCUGACUCUGGUUUUGGUUUUCAUGGGCUCCCCGAAUCGCCUUAAAAAUCCGCACAUGAGAGCCGCAAUGGCGGAGAUGCUGGACGGAUUAAUGCCACCGGAUCGAGGACAAGCUUCUCCUCCUAGUUCAAGAACGAAGCUGUUUGUCGAGCAUCCUCGUUCAAAGGAUGUUGUUCGUACUCUUUUGCACGUUUUUGCCAGUAUUGAAAUGACUGGUCAAGGAGUUGCUUUUGAGCAGAAAUUCAACUACAGACGGCCAAUGUACGCAGCUAUGAAAUUUCUAUGGAGUUUAAAGUUUCAUCGACGACAAUUCAAACUACUAGCCGCGGAAGCAGAAGCCAACAUGGAAGCUGCCCAACCUCCCUUGUUCCUCCAGUUUGUUAACCUUCUCAUCAACGACGCUAUUUAUUUACUGGACGAGGGUCUUUCUUAUAUGGCCCAGCUUAAAGAACAACAAAUCCAGAGGAGUGAUGGGUCGUGGCCUAACGUCGCUGCCGGUCCCCAGCGCCAUCAAAGAGAAGCCACUUACCAGCAUAUAACCAUGUUGGCCCGAUUCCACAACUUGAUGGGUCGAGAAACUAUCCGCAUCCUCGAUAUGAUGACCACUGAAGUUAAAGGAGUCUUCGUUCAUUCAGCCAUGGUAGACCGAGUGGCUUCAAUGCUGAAUUAUUUCCUUCUCCAUUUGGUGGGGCCUAAGAAACGAGAUUUUAAGGUAAAGGAUUUUGGUGAUUACGAAUUUGAUCCAGCUGAAUUAGUUUCGUGCAUUUGCCAAAUUUAUUGUCAUUUGAGCGAUGCCGAUGAGUUUUGCACGGCUGUUUCGCAAGAUGGUCGUUCUUAUAGCUCGCAACUAUUCGAAUUGGCCGAAGAUGUACUCAGCCGGAUUGGACGAGGUGCUCUUAUCGGCGACCUGCGUUUAGUAGCUGAAAAGGUGGCCAAACUAGCAACUGCCCAGGCGUCUGACGAAGAUUUAAUCAGCGCCGCGCCGGAUGAAUUCCUUGAUCCCAUCAUGUCAUCCGUCAUGAUGAAUCCGGUCAUUCUUCCUUCUUCACGAGUUACCGUCGAUCGCUCCACAAUAGCGAGACAUUUGCUGAGCGAUCAAAGUGAUCCCUUUAACCGUUCACCAUUGACUAUGGAAGAAAUCUUACCAGAUGAUGAACUUAGAAAAAAAAUUCAUCAGUGGAUAUCAGAAGUCAAGAAAAAGGCGGUAUUACGUGACGAUCGUCCAACUUAGAAAAAAAAAUAAAAUCCCCAUAACGGUUUGCUUCCAGGUUCCAUUGGGCUCAUAUCUUGUUACUCCUCCUGUUACUUUGUAAAUAUUUAAAAAAUCAAUUAUAUCAGAGCCAAUUUA